AUGAGUAGAGGAGAGUCAAAAGAAGCCAAAAUGGUAUUAAUCGGAGGAGUAGGAGAUGGUAAAAGUUCACUUGGGAAUUUUAUCCUUAAAACCAUUAAAUUUGAUGUGAGCAGUAGUUCUGCACCAAAAACACAAGAGACAGUUGGGUAUAAUGGAGAAGGUGAUAGAAGGAAUGUAUUUGUUAUUGAUACACCUGGAAUUCAAGAUUCAAGUGAAAUGGAUGAAAAUCAAAUAAACCAAAUGAUUGAUUAUAUUAAAGAACAGACAGGAGUACAAGCUGUUGUUAUUGUUUUAGACUUCAACAAAGAAGUGUUGUCAGAUAAUGUUGAAAGAAUGAUAAAAUUAAUUUGUAAUGUUUUUCCAACAGAAGGUUUUUGGGAACAUGUUUGUGUUGUGUGGACAAAAUGCUUAUACAAUAUAUCCGAAAACGAAUUAGAAAUAAAAAUUAAAACAAAGAAAGAGAAAUUACUUCCAAAAUUAAAGAAACUUGUAAAAGAUACAACAAGAGAUGAUGAAGACAUUGAAUUUCCAAUGUAUUUUGUAGAUUCUGUCCCAUUUGAAGGAAGUAAUAACAGUAGAACGGAAGAGGAAAUUAAAAAACUUCUAACUUGGGGUUGUUACCUAACACCAAUUAACAAAAAGAGAGAUACAAAAAGAACAAUCAAAUUUAAAAACAUUGACAUUGAGACAAAAGAUGUCAAAUCAAUCGAAGAAGCAAACAAAAAAGAAGUAAAGUUCAAAACUGAACAUAAAGAGCGAGAGAAAAGAACUGGAUUUGAUGGAGAAGUUACAUACACUGAAUGGAAAACCAAAAGUGUUGAAUAUGAAACUGAAACUAGACCAAGUUCAUCAGGGUGUGUCGUGAUGUAA